AUGUUCGCCCAUUUAUUCAAGGCGGCGCCUGCCAGGGCUGCCGCCUUCACCACCGUGAAGCAGCCGGUUGCGUCCCGCUUCAUGGCCACUGUUCGCCAGCGUGCUCCCCUGGAACCGGCCACCUUUACCAUUCGUGACGGCCCCAUUUUCACGGGCAAGUCCUUCGGUGCCCGCUCCAACAUCUCUGGCGAGGCGGUCUUCACCACCUCGCUGGUCGGCUACCCGGAGUCUCUGACCGACCCGUCGUACCGGGGUCAGAUCCUGGUCUUUACCCAGCCUCUUAUUGGCAACUACGGUGUGCCGUCUGCGGAGAAGGACUCCAACGGUCUUUUGAAGUACUUCGAGUCUCCGCACCUGCAGGCUUCUGGUGUGGUUGUCGCCGACGUCGCUGAGCAAUACAGCCACUGGACCGCCGUCGAGAGCCUGGGCCAGUGGUGUGCCCGUGAGGGUGUCCCCGCGAUCUCCGGCGUCGAUACCCGUGCCAUUGUCACCUACCUCCGUGAGCAGGGUUCCUCCCUGGCUCGGAUCACCGUCGGCGAGGAGUACGAUGCCAACGAGGACGAGGCCUUCACGGACCCGGAGCAGAUCCACCUGGUGCGCCAAGUCAGCACCAAGCAGCCCUUCCACGUGAGCGCCGCCGACCCCCAGUGCCACGUUGCCGUCAUCGACUGCGGUGUCAAAGAAAACAUUCUGCGCAGCCUGGUCAACCGCGGCGCCAGCAUCACCGUGUUCCCCUUCGACUAUCCGAUCCACAAGGUGGCCCACCACUUCGAUGGCGUCUUCAUCUCCAACGGCCCCGGUGACCCGACUCACUGCCAGGACACCACCUACCACCUGCAGCGCCUGAUGGAGACCUCUCAGAUCCCCAUCUUCGGUAUCUGCCUGGGCCACCAGCUGCUGGCUCUGGCUGCGGGUGCGCGCACCAUCAAACUCAAGUAUGGUAAUCGAGCUCACAACAUCCCCGCCCUGGAUCUGAGCACGGGUCGCUGCCACAUCACCAGCCAGAACCACGGGUACGCGGUCGACGCCUCGACUCUGCCCUCGGACUGGAAGCCGUACUUCACCAACCUGAACGACUCGAGCAACGAGGGCAUGAUCCACAAGUCCCGUCCGAUCUUCAGCACCCAGUUCCACCCGGAGGCCAAGGGCGGCCCGCUUGACUCGUCGUACCUGUUCGACAUCUACCUCGACAGCGUGCGCAAGUACAAGGCCAACCAGUCUGGCCUCUACCCGGCCCGUGAUAGCCGUCCCGACCCCCUGCUGGUUGACCUGCUGGCCAAGGAGCGUGUGGGCGUGCAGCCCACCACCGGCAUGCAGAACGUGGCUGCUGCCGCCGCUGCCGCUGCCGCUGCGUAA